AAUGAAGCCGAGUAGGAGGAAGGAGUGUUCCUUCUCCGCCGCAUUUCCCUCCAUUUGGUCCUCGUCCCACCAAUGGAGAGCAUCUUCUCUCCCACCUCCUUCGGUCCUCUCCUCAACCCCAAAUCCGCGGACCCAAGAAUCCCCUCUCACCAACCCAAACCCAAGGCGUCUUCUCCGCUGCACGCAAGACCCAUCAUCACCUGCAGCGCGAAGAGCAAGCCGCCGGCGGAUUCGCCUUGGCUGAGAAAGAGCUGGAUUUCCCGCCUCCACCACGGCUUGGCAGCCGCUGCGCUCUCCCUUGCUGUCAACUUCUGCCCCAUUUCGACUCUCGACUCCCCCGCUCUCGCUUCGGAGUUCGACGUGCUGAGCGGGGGCCCGCCCACGGAUUCGUAUGUAGUUGAUGAUGCAGGCGUGCUAAGCCGGGUGACCAAGUCUGACUUGAAGAGGCUCAUGUCUGAUCUCGAGUCGAGGAAGAAUUUGCGAAUCAAUUUCAUCACCGUUCGCAAGCUAACGAGCAAAGCCGAUGCUUUCGAGUACGCUGACCAAGUAUUGGAGAAAUGGUAUCCCACAGUUGAAGAAGGGAACAAUAAAGGAUUAGUUGUGCUGGUUACUAGUCAGAAAGAAGGUGCAAUCACAGGGGGCCCUGCAUUCCUCCAGGCUGUCGGAGACUCAGUUUUAGACGCUGCAGUAUCUGAGAACCUUCCAGUGUUAGCCACUGAAGAGAAGUACAAUGAGGCACUGUACAGCACCGCCAAACGCCUGGUUGCGGCAAUCGAUGGGCUCCCAGAUCCCGGCGGACCAAAAUUUCAGGACAACAAGCGCGAAUCCAACUUCAAGAGCAGGGAGGAGACUGAAGAAAAGAGGGGGCAAUUCACCCUUGUUGUCGGUGGUCUUCUAGUGAUUGCAUUUGUCGUGCCGAUGGCUCAGUACUAUGCCUAUGUUUCCAAGAAGUAGGUUGCAAUUGUGUACUCUUCACUGAGAAAUCCUAGUUGCGAGAAACAAUCCAUUCAUGAAUUGAGAAGCACAGAGGUCGCCAAAUUGAUAGCAAAAAUGCAUCAAGUUCCCCAGAUUUUUGUUUU